AUGCAAAAUUUCUCUGUGAGUAGCAGUUCUGUUGAAGAAGUGGUGCAGCCCAAUAUUGCAGUUCAAAGAGUUGCUCUCCAGAAAACCUCUGCUACUGUGCUUUUCUCUGCCCUGAAGGGAUCAACCAAUGGCUUAGUUUCGGACAGAAUCUUAAUAGAUGAACAUGCGACUAAUCUGAAAACUGAUGAUAGAACAGAAAUUCAGAUGCUCAUCAAUGUCGCAAAUUCAACUGGAAGGGAAAGAGUUGGUUUUGUACUGUAUCAAAAUGACAGGCUUUUCCCAUCAAAAAACUAUAGAAAUAGAUUAGAAGAAAACAACAGUAAUCAAAUUAUCUCUGGCAAUGCUCAUGGAACAAUGAUCAAUCAUGUUAAGAUAGCCUUAAGCCCACAGUACAACAGCUCCAAAUUUCUGCUGCACAACUACGCGUGUGUCUUUUGGGAUUACUCACAGAAUGACUGGAAUACAUCAGGCUGCACAAAAGAGAAAGAUUUGUCAGAGUUAUUGAAAUGCAGCUGUAAUCACACAACUAAUUUUGCAGUAUUAAUGAGCUUCAAGAUCAAUUAUAAAUAUUUAAAACCUCUAAAGAUCGUAUCUUAUAUUGGUUGUGGUUUGUCCAUUGGUGGCCUGACUUCUACCAUUGUGUUUCAGAUUCAUACCAGGAAAACCCGGAAAAUGUCAACUACCAUAAUUCUUGUGUCUCUCUGCUCAUCUAUGUUGAUAUUUAAUAUCAUCUUUAUAUCUGGAAUUGAAAAUUCAAAUGCCAAUAAGAGCAACAGUGCAAUCUCUGCUCCCAACACCAUGCUUGAAUCAGAUGAAGAACAUCCACUUGCAAACUCCUGGUGCACAGCUGUAGCGGCCUUACUACAUUACUUCCUGCUGGCAACUUUCAUGUGGACUACACUCAACUCAGUACAAUUGUACUUGCUGACAAUAAAAACCCAGCGACAUUUUCAUCGAAACUACAGUUUAAUCAUGUUAUUAACUGGAUGGGGAACACCAGCAUUACUUGUUUCUAUAACACUGGCAGUCACUGUUGAAAACUCAAACUACCGACAAGAAGAAUUUUGUUGGCUUGAAGCCCUUGAGCCGGAUGGCACAUUCUCUGCUGAAAAACCUAUGUUAUGGGCAUUCCUUUUGCCAGUGGCCGUCAUCCUCUUAUUUAACUUCACUGUCUUUAUGAAGAUCACCAUCUUUGUGAUAUGGAAGGAAAAUAAGCAUCUGACAAGCACUAAAAGGAAGUCAUACAUGAUGAAGAUAUUUGGGACUUUAUCUAUAGCUGUAGUUCUGGGAAUCACCUGGAUUUUGGGUUAUCUGAUGUUAAUAGACCAUGAGCAGACAAACACUGCUUUCAGCUAUUUAUUCUGUAUUUUCAAUGCUACACAGGGACUCCAGAUUUUUGUUUUUCACGUUCUUGCAACACCCACUGGAAAAAAGAAGAUUGGUGAAGUUUUUGCAUCCCUUUCUGAGAUGCGACUUUACUUGCAUUCAAAGACAUACUACCUGUUAGAUAUGCUUCAUAUAAAGAGUCCCAAUGAAUCCUUUAGAUUUUCUGGUUCCAGGAGAAAUGUUGAUAACUUAUCUAUGUCAAGUAGCAACGAAGAGAUGUGGCAAAGAUAA